CAUUGGAAUCACAUAAAUGAUGAAUCUAGAUUAGUUGAUAGAAGAGCCAAACUAGCGUAGAUAAUAGCAAAAAGUGUGAUAUAACAUGCCGGAAGUAAACAAAUCGUAAAAGGAAACUCCUUAUGGCUGCCGAUCAAAUCAACGAACCAAAAAUUCCAAACGUGAAGCUAUGAUCAGUAAUGGAAGACAUAAACAUUGUACUCCACGACAGCAUCCCCGGUCCUCAGGUUGAACUUCCGGGUCCUGACGUCCUGGCCUGAGCAUAUCCCCUAGCAAACCUGAAAACUCCGCUCCCGCCGAUGACCGGCAUCUCCCUCACCGGCGACCACACCGCGUUCCUCCCCAGAAUGCUCAACGUGCUCCUGUUGAACUUGCCGUCCACGAAAGCGAAGUUGAGAGCCAUAAGCAGUCCAACUCGCCCAAAAGGCCUGCCUCCGCCACUGCCCCUGGGCCCGGCCCACCAGCUUGGAAGUGGGCUCGGGCCCUGCCGUGAGUGGGUCGUCGAUCAUUGCCACCAUGCCGAAGCCCGUAGACGAGAGAUUGGUGGAGGGGGGCCGGACGAUUUGCACCGCCGUUGGGUUGGGCCCGGCGACGAUGUCGUGGAAGUAGAAGCGGAGGUGGCUGAGCUUUUCUUUCUUGAGGCGGAGCGUCGCCGGAGACAGGACCCGGGAGUAGCCAUCACGGGAUUUUGGUUUCUUGGCCGUGAUGAGAGAGAAAGAGAGGGCGGAGGUUAGGAUGAGGAGAGUUAGGAGGAAGGAAGAGAUCUGGAGAGACUUGGCCAUGGCUGUAAGGAAAUGUCGCUUUGCAGAGUGCGCAAUGAAAUGGGGAAAGUGAAAGUGAAGAGAUGGAAACUAUGGGGGAGUGGCUAUUUAUUUGUAUUUGUUUUAGAGCACUUCUAUUA